UCGGUCCCGCCCCAGCGUUCCGGGCGCCAGCGGGAGGGCCACGGUUGUUGCCUGGGAUCCCGGGCUCGGGCUGCCGCAUGGGACUGCGGGGCUGUCCAGGACGUGCGAAGGUUCGAGGUGCGGGAGUGGAAGGCUUCAGGGGAGCCCUGACCUAGGGACAGCUUGAUGGCCCUGGGUGAAGAAAAGGCAGAGCUGGAAGUAUCUGCAGAUGCAAAGGCCCAGUCCUGUGGGAGAUGGAGCCGUGGGGAGCAAAAGGUGGAUGUGCCCGGGUCCAUGAACCAGGAGCAGCCCCAAUGCCUAGAGGCUGAAGGAGGGCCGGCCUCUCCUGUGUGGGGGGCGGAGGGGCUACCUACCCCUGCCGGCACCUGCAGAGCUUAUCUGCCACAGGCCAACGCUGCCAGCAGAGCAGCUGUUAGGUCUAGGCCUGCCCCCAGUGACCUGCUUCCUCCUGCCAGCGUGGGAACUGGAGACCUCUUGCACUCUGUGGAAAGCCAGAUGGAGGAGACCAAGCCUUCUACCUCCCAGGAGCUACCUCAGAGUGUUGACAUGCCCAGAACUACAGCUCUUUGCUCAGGACAUGAGGCUGAUACUGAAGAUGACCCUUCCCCAGUUGGUUCCCCCUGGGUGCUCAGCCAACAGCCUCAAAUCUCACGUUUCCCUUUCCCAUCACCGUGGAAGUCUGUCAUAAGCCCAGGGGCUGCUGCUCCUCAACUAUCCAGCUGCAGUGUCUCUGCCUCCUCCUCAGGCAGCAGUCUCCAGAAUCAGCAAGAGAAGGUGGAAACCCAGAAUGGCUCCCUUACCAAGAUCCCCUCCUCCCUGGAGCUGGCUGUCCCUCAGAAUCCCCCUUCUCUGGUGGGGUCAGGGCCUCAGCUCCAGUGGUCAUCACAGUCUGCAGCUUCUGGGUAUGAUGCUGCUGGCUUGGGCCGGAGGCACCUCUCCUUCCAGGCUGAGUACUGGGCCUGUGUGCUUCCAGAUUCCUUGCCUCCUUCCCCUGAUCGCCACUCCCCGCUCUGGAACCCAAAUAGAGAGUACGAAGACCUGCUGGACUAUACUUACCCCCUGAGGCCUGGGCCUCAGCUCCCAAAGCAACUUGAUAGCCAUGUGCCAGCUGACCCUGUCCUGCAGGACUCAGGUAUAGACCUGGAUAGCUUCUCUGUCUCUCCAGCAAGUACUCUAAAAUCACCCACUAAUGUCUCCCCCAACUGCCCACCAGCACAGGCCCCUACCUUGCCAUUUUCUGGGCCCAGAGAGCCAAGCCUUAAGCAGUGGCCCUCUGAAGUGUCCCAGAAGCAGUGCAGCAUGAGCCUGGCAUCUUGGAGCCAACUUGCAUCCACCCCUAAAGUCCCAGGAAGUAGAGAUGCCUCUUGGGAGAGCAGAGAGACAGCCCUGAGGGGCGUGAAGAAUCGGCUUCCUGUGGGUGAACACCUCGAGGUGGGCGGUUCUCCACAGCUGAGGACAAGGGACAGAAGGUGUCCUUCACCCAGGCCAGAGAGAGAGAAGAGGGCCUGCCACAGUGUCCGGCGCCCUGCCUACAUGGAGUCUAGAUGGAAAUCAGAAGAAGAGGUGGAGAAUGAUGACGAGUUUCUUGCCCUGCCCACUCGGCUGACACAGGUUUCUAGUUUGGUUUCCUAUCUAGAUGCCAUUCCCACCUUGGUGAGCCUGCCCUCUGGAGUCACUGAGGGACAGAGUUCCCUGGAAGUUUCAGACACUGAUGGGCCAGCUUCCCUUCCAUCGGACUCCAGCCAGAGCCAGCUUCCUUCUGGCACUAUUGUCCAAGGACCUGGAUGCCCCAAGGGACAGAACCACUGCUGCCUGCACAACUUUGUCCAGGCCCGAGACUCGGCAGGGGAAGGCAAUCUGGUGAGCAGCCGGAUGCUUGGGGUCUCCUCUAGACUGCUGAAAACACACCCCUCCUUGCCAGCUUUGUUGGACAGGUGGCCAUUCUCAGACCCAGAUGCUGAAAGGCAGGAUCCCAGAAAAGAGCAGAGGAAAGCCUCCCUGGUGCAGUGUGUGCAGGCGUUUUGCUGUCAGCUGGAAGAGCUGAUCCGCUGGCUAUAUGAUGUCUCAGAUGUCAUUAACCUUGGGUCUCCAUCCAGGUCUAGUCUUACAGGUCUCAAGUCUUCCCUGCAGCUUUACCGGCAAUUUAAGAAUGAUAUAGAUGAACAUCAGUUCCUGACAGACAGUGUCUUACAGAAGGGGGAGAUUCUUCUUCAGUGCCUAUUGGAGAACACACCAGUUUUAAAGGAUGUCCUUGGGAGGAUCGCAAAGCAAUCUGGGGAGCUGGAGAGCCAUGCAGAUCGCCUUUAUGACUCUAUCUUGGCCUCUGUGGACAUGCUGGCUGGCUGCACCCUUAUCCCUGACAGUAAGCCAGUGACAGCAAAGGAGCGUCCAUGUGAAGGAAUUUAACCCGGCAUCUUCUCAGGCAGAGAUGAAAUUGUCAGCCAAAAGCUGACUCUUGGGAAGGAAACUGUCAAGAAGUACUUGCAAGAGCCAUUUAACAGUUAAGUCAAGGGAAAAAUGUUAAUAUAUUUUUAGCUUUAAAUGCCUCUCUUCUCUGAAGUAAGGGCUAUUAAAUUACUGGUUUUAUUUACAAAGAAUCCUUCCAAACUAUAUUCUUUUUGGUGCUUUUCCACAGAAAGCAUGUGGCUUUGCAACUUUUGUUAAAAUAAGAUUUACAGUUACAGGCCUUGCCUCCCCUAUGUCCAGUUUAAAAAAAAAAAAAAAGACAAAGCUCCUAAACUCUUCUUCCUGCUGAGAUUAUUCACAGAAGGCUGCUUUGAGAAAGAAGGUUCCAAAUACUUGGUAUUCUCAGACACAAAAAGGGAUCUAGUGAGGCUUAGUAAGUUCCUUUUUGAAAAUUUUAGCCCUCAGUCUGCAGAAGAAAAGGGGUAAAUGAAUAGAACUUCUACAGAUUACUUCGGGCAAUUGUGACAUCUUUUGCCAUCUUCAGGGCUUGGGUCUCCACCUUCCUGGCCUAGUAUCGUAAAAGAAAAUGUGUCUGGGAAUUAGAGAACUGCCAUUGUGCUUCAGCAUGGCUAAGGAGCUAAGGAUCAAACUUAGGGUAUCUCUGGGAGGAGGAUCCUGUCCCUCCACUCCUACUCCCUUGGAAGACUAGUGCAAGGUCAGGGAAGUGAAUGGAUAGGAUCACACAGCCUGUUUCACUACAGAAACUAAAACUGUCAAUAAAGGAAAAAAGGGAAUUCUUUGUUGCUUGGGAGUUGGCCUGUUAAGUACCUUGUCAGAAAAGGGAAAAAUAUGCAUGGAUAUAAAUAUAUUUGAAGCAUUAUCUUUAGCUUUUUGAAGCAAAGCAGUGUUUUGCUAGUGACUGCAGAUUCUUUAAAAAAAAAAAAAAGGCACUUAAAAAGUUUCUAUUUUGACAUUGAAUGAAUAUCAAAGAAACAACCUUAAUAGGAUCCUAUUCAAUGUGACUUUUCUGCUUCUGCUUCUACAUUUCUCAGACUUUACAGUCACUGGAAAAUAGCUGUAAGUUCUAAUAAUGAAAAGUGAACCAUUCAAAAUUAACUAACUAUUCAGGGCUGGGGUUGUGGCUCAGUGGUAGAGCACUCACCUUGCACCUGUGAAGCACUGGGUUUAAUCCUCAGCACCACAUAAAAUUAAACAAAGGUACUGUGUCCAUCUACAACUAAAAAACUAUUUUUAAAAACACUAAUCAAUAGUAGCUUCACAAAAAAUAAGUUCUUAAAAAGGUAGGUAUGCCCAGUGGACUCCACUUUUAAAUACACUGACAUAUUUUACCUUUUAGUUAAUGUAGCUAUAAAGUGGAACAUGCCUUUCACUGAGUAUGUUGCUGUUAAUGAAUUAAACCCAGCCACUUAAAUCAGUCUGUAUUAGCAUUAAAAAGUUGGGAUAACCUUAUAAAAACAAACUGGCCAGUAUAUCAAUUGAAUUCAUAUUGUGGCAUUCUCAGUGUAAUAACAUCAGCUUCAGCUGACAGGAUAUUCCAAAAUAACAGAAUCUGAAAAUUCCUACUUCCCAAGAAAAUGGUGCCUUAGUUUUAAGUGAUAGAUUUGUUCAUCCUCUUUGAAAUAAGGUGUGAAAUAAGGUGCAAACUUUCUGAACCUGGCUCUAGCCACUGAGGAAUAUCAAUAUAACUGUUAAUUUUACCUUCAGUUUGAGACCUCCUUUUACAACUCAAAAACAAAUUGUUUCAACCUAGGAAGAUGCUGGCCAGGUUAGAUUCAAGUAGCCAUCCCUUAAUGAUGAAUGGAAUUUGAAUCCACAGUGGAGUUGCAAAACUAAAGGGUGGAAUGGGUUUUUGUUGUGCAUCCAGGGUGAAGUGCUAAUAAAUGAGAGACUGUUACAAUACAGGGCUGUUCUAAAACUUAAACAUGAGCAUGAAGGGUUUAUGUGAGAUACAGUGCAAAAGUAAUGUACAUGCUAAAGAAGAUUUCUUCCUAUUCAAAGGGCAGACAGCGAGUUAACUGCUCAGACCAUAAUCACUAUUACUCUGUAAUGACUUCCCAGAGUGUGCCACAGCUCGGAACACUCACUCUUCAUUACCUAAGCUAAUUUAUGGCAGCCAGUUAUAUUUAAAACAUAGCAAGUGAUAAUUCCCUUUAUUUGUGAACAGGCCCAUAGUAACCUUGAAAUGUUUGUACUUGAAAUAGGGUUAGAAAUGGGAAUUUGUUUUCCUCAAAACCAUAAUUAUUGGUAUAUACAUAAAAGCAAAGAGUGCAGCAUGCUGAAAUAUGUUGUAGUCCCAAUUUUUGACUGCCAUGGGGGGAAGAACACUACAGUUCUCCCAAACUAAGUCUGUAGAUAUGCUUACAUAUUAAAGUAAAUUCAUGUAAUGUUUUUCUGCUAACUCACCAAGAAUAAGCUGACCAUUUAAACAUCUUUUGCUGUAUGAAACUAAAGUGCAUGGCAUCACAUUGUCUAGUAUCAGUUUUGUAUCAUUUAGCUAUUUUAGAAAAUAUUUUCUGAACUUUAUACUGUAUUGAUAAGGCAAAAGAAACUUUUUUUUUUUAAGCAUU